GAAGGUUGAUUUCCGUAGCCCGAAGACUUCUCUUUUUGGUUCGUCUUUUUUGAUUUUUUUUUUUUUUUCUUCGCCAGUAUCUGGGUCUAUCUCAAACGGCAAGAUGUCCAGUAAUGUCCCGGCGGAUAUGAUAAAUUUGCGCCUCAUCUUGGUAAGCGGGAAGACAAAAGAGUUCCUGUUUUCUCCCAAUGAUUCUGCUUCUGACAUCGCAAAGCAUGUGUAUGACAACUGGCCGAUGGACUGGGAAGAAGAGCAGGUCAGCAGCCCAAAUAUUCUGCGCCUUAUUUAUCAAGGACGAUUUCUACAUGGAAAUGUCACAUUAGGAGCGUUGAAACUGCCUUUUGGCAAAACAACAGUGAUGCAUUUGGUGGCCAGAGAGACAUUGCCAGAGCCAAACUCCCAAGGUCAGCGGAAUCGCGAGAAGACUGGCGAGAGUAACUGUUGUGUCAUCCUGUAAGCCCACUGCCGAGCCGGGUGCGACGUAGUCUCUGUCUUUCCUGCUGCCGGCGCCCAGGAGACCCAGCGUUGCUUCAGAACCUUUAGGAAGAGUCUGCCUGUAAACUCAUGGACCUGAACUAUCACAUGAACACUGUCACCCUUUCUCGUGAAAGUAAAAAGAACCGAGAACAUUUUUCACUAUGAUUCCUUAUUUCUAGUAUUUUUGUUUAUGUUGAGCAGUUUUAAAAUAUAUCGGUUUUUGAAUGCAAAUCAAUCUCCAGGGGAAAAGUCAGAAAGUUAUCUUUCAUAGCAGAAACUGUUUUGCUGCCACAAAAGUUUUCAUCACCAGAACUAACAAAUGUUGCACAUACAGUUUGCACUAAAAACAAGUGACGUCAUUUUCUUCCGCAGCAGAAAUUGUGACAUGGCUUAUGGUAUCUAGAAAUACGCACACACGCACAUCCACACUGGAGGACACUCAGCAAUUAAUGAAGUGAAUAACUGGGCCAACUUGACAGGAAAAAAUGGAAAAGAAACUAAAAUGUUGGGUGAAUUCUACCACAAGUCAGCCACGCUGGCUGCCCUGGCACGGGAUCCUAAAGUGAGCGCAGCUGUCUUCACGGCAACAGGUGAAAAAACAAAGUGUGCCUGAUGCUGCAAGUCCUCAGCAGAGGGCUGAUGAGCCUAACGGCCGUUCCUUUAACACGCGCACCCCAGUCUGGCGGUAAAGAGAGCUGUUCACGCAGCCCCCGGGGAGUGCGCGGCCUAGCCUUAACGCAGGGGCGCGUCUGGCCGCUCGGAGACAUCUGUGAUUUGCGCAGAAGCGUUAGAAAACCUUGUUCAGCCAUCCCUUUUCUGUAUUUGCGUAUCAGCAAAUUGACUCUUUCCAUCAUGAGUGCUCAUCUCUGUGUCCACUGUCACACGUACUCAUUAGAGAGCUCAGAUGAAUUCUUAAAAUUAAAAAAUUUUCCGCAGGACUAAUUUUGUUUCUUUGUGUAGUUUGCAUUGGGUAUUUAGUGCUUGCAAUUAUGUUAAAAUCAGAAGCUGAUUUUUAAGGCAUACGUGAUUAGGGAUGCCAUUCUUUUGUUUUGUACCAAUAAUUUAAAAAUUGAUAUGCUAACAACAAUUUGCACAGCACUAAAGCAUGAGCUGCGUUUCAUCUAAACCUGUAAAAAAUAUAAAAGAUUUUAUAUUUUUUUUCACUGGGAAGGAAUUCUUCCUGGAUGAAAUUAAAAAUAUGUGUAGAAUAUAUUUAAUAAAAAGCUUAUAAAAUACCUAACUAUAGAACUUAAAUAUAGAUUGGCGUGUAGUAUAUAGGGCAGUAUUCCAUAUAAAUAACUGUAGCCUUUAUAAAAAUGAAGUUGCAGGCUGACAUGAUGUUCUGUACUGAAAAGUGUCCACGGCCCUUACAAAUAGCAAGUGUAACGGUUUCAGAUGGUCAGCUUUGUUUAAAGGUAGCCAGGUUAUUUUAUUCAUUGUUAAUGCUUUGAUGAAAAGGCUUUAUAUGCAGUAGAUCUACGAAAAUAUUGUUCAUACUGAUCAGAAUUAAAUUUGUAUAGAGCAGAGUUUUAAAAUGAAUGUAAAUAGCACUAAACAUUUUCUUUCUGCAACCUGUACUUAUAGAUUCUUUCUGUAAACUAAAUAAAACAAAAUAUUGUAGUGCAUUUUGGUGGUAAUUUUAAAGGUCUUGAUUAGGUUGAUAAUUGUUUAAGCACUGUCUCAUCCACGUUAAAAUUGUUCUGUUUUUAUUUCUAAAUCUUUAAAAAUGGUUUUAAAUAUUCUCUUGUUAGUUUUGGGAGGAGUCCCAAUGUGUCUUUGGUAUUUAGCCGGGUUAAUUUGUGCACAGUCAUGACAAUGAGUAGAAUUGUGUAGUCUCUGUAAUCACUAAAAUGUUCUGUUCAGGAGAUGUUAAAUAUUUAUUUGCUUUGUUGACUAGCUCAAAUGUGAAUUCUGUUAGUGUUGACUGAAGAAGAGUCUGGUAGUUACUUAAUUGGGCCAUUCUUUCCGAAUACAAACUACUGGUAAUUAUUUUUAAUACUUAUUUUAAUUCUAAUGACUCUUCUGGUUUUGCAGAGUUAAAGACUAUCAGGUAAUUACAAUUGAAAUUUUAUGAUGGUUAACAAAUAUUCUCUUGGUUUUCAAUGUAUUUUUCUAUAUGUUCCCACAUUAUUAUAAAUUUCCCUUUACGAGACCUCAAUUUAGAGUUCGCAAAAUGGAUAAACUCAUUUAUUAGUAGAGAAAGAGUUACAUCACUUAAUACCUAAUACUGUUGUGCAAAAUGAAAAAAAAAGAGUAGCAGUAAAAUUAUAUACUUAAAACACCAAAAAUUUAGAUGCCUUAAUAGUGUAUAUGUGAAAAUACUCGGCUACCCCUUUUUAAAUAGUUCCUUGGGCUGCCUGAUGGUUAAAACUGAUGGAUCACAUCCAAGGCUCCUAUCCAAGAUCCCUCUGCUGAAAACAAUGGCUCACUCACCGAAAGGGGGCGCCACCAAGGCCUGGUCCUCCACAGAAAGCCUGGGUCACAGGCCUGUGGCCCUGUCUGGCACUUGGCAUUUAACUCGUGUCUUUUACCUAAAUUGUCCUAGACUUUUGUGUUCUUCUUUAUUAAAACCUUAGCAUGUCUCCUUGA